AUGACUUUGCAUACUGUAACUAUUAUCAUCUCCGGCCCUGUCUGCUCUUUCAUUGCGUUCCGAAUCGUGGAACUAGAACGACAGCAACAUGUCCCUGCUAGCACUGACUUGUCGAGAACAGGCGAACGGGACAAGCAGGAAGCCUUGUCUGCAGUGGAGGUACAAAAGGAAGGUUUGCACCAUGGAAUAAUAUUCCAUUUUUUACAAAUCUUUUCAGAUACCUUUAAUGGGACUGUGACCUUUCUACCUUUGGAGGAAAACACUGAAGGAAAGUACCAGAUUAGAAAGCACAAUAUUUAUCAAAUUCAACUUACACAUAUAAAAGAUGAAGAAUGGUCUAUAUCUAUUGCAGUGUCAUCGGCAGAACAUUGGUUUUCAGAUGGAAUUGUGUAUCCCAAAUUAACAUGGCUUGAAAAUGAGCUGCUGCCCAAACUGGCUAAAUGGUCUGUGGAGGAAAAGCACAGUGAGUUUAAAAGCACACUCUCACUCAUUCCAGUGGCAAAAUACAGCCAGGUUUAUAAAGAACUUAAAGAAAAAUAUAAAGAGAUGGUAAAGGUGUGGCCUGAAGUAACAGAUCCUGAGAAAUUUGUAUACGAAGAUGUUGCCAUUGCUGCUUAUCUGCUGAUUCUUUGGGAAGAAGAGAGAAAGGAAAAGGGGUUGUCCAAGAAACAGUCAUUUGUAGAUCUCGGCUGUGGAAAUGGUCUACUGGUUCACAUUCUGAGCAAUGAAGGGCAUUCAGGUAGAGGCAUUGAUGUGAGGAGGAGAAAAAUAUGGGACAUGUAUGGACCAGAAACUCAUUUAGAGGAAUGUACAAUCAUGCCAGGUGACAGUCAUCUCUUCCCAGAAGUUGACUGGUUGAUAGGAAACCAUUCAGAUGAAUUAACACCAUGGAUACCUGUGAUUGCAGCUAGGUCUUCCUAUUCUUGCUGCUAUUUUGUGCUGCCAUGUUGCUUCUUUGAUUUCCAUGGAAAGUAUAGCCGAAGACAAAGCAAAAAGACUCAGUACAGAGAAUAUCUUGAUUUUGUUUCCCAAGUGGGAUUAGUAUGUGGCUUUCAUGUAGAAGAAGAUUGCCUUAGAAUUCCCUCAACUAAAAGGGUGUGCCUUAUUGGGAAAAACAGGACCUAUUCACCUGUGCAAUGUGCUGUGAUUGACAAGCAGAUAACCCAGUAUAUUCAUAAUCGUCAGCCUUGUGCUCUGGUCUCACAUGAUAGAAGAACUGGAUUGAAUCAUAACGAUGGCUCUGACAGUGUGUGCAAAGAGGCAGGCACUGAGUUUCCUGGAGCUGAGACUGAGACUGCUGGCAGAGUUUGGAUGCCUGGAUUUCAGCCCCGGCAGAAAGAAGAGCAAGUCAGGAAUUGCGCUACUCUCCCUCGGGAUUUUGUAGAUGAGGUGGUUCUGAGUGUGGCAAACCUGCUGUUAAAUGCAACCCAAGAAAAAUCAUGCUGUAAUACAGAUAGUGUGAGUACAAACAACUGGAAUCAAGGAGAAAGCCUUUCCUUGAAAGAAGUAGCAGAGCACUUAAAUAAAGAGACAUUAAAAAGGCUGAAGAGUGAAUAUGGAGGCUUGCAGACCCUACUCAAGAAUAGCCAUCAAGUAUUUGAAGUUCUAAAUGGGAGAGUUCAUAUUCGUGACUGGAGAAAAGAGAAACCAUCAAGGAAAAACAAGCCCGAAGUAAAACGACGCCUUUCAGCUGAAGCAUUUAAAACUCGUCUCUGUUGGUUUUUCCUUCAUCAUCCUGAUGGGUGUUCUUUGCCUUCUGAAUCCUGUCCAUAUGCUCAUGGGACUGAGGAGCUAAGACAGUCUCAGAUUAUUAAAAAGAAAAAGCAUCUACAGUAAUAAAAUGCUGCACUUUAUU